CUGGGGAAACGAAAAUUAUUGUGGUAGUUUUCCGUUCGGCUUUCCUGCCUUUUCGCUCCCUCCCUCUCGUUUUCCCCCCAACUGGAAUUCCGAGAGACUCAGACAGAGAGAGAGAGAUCCAAGAAAGAAAGGAAAAGAAAAAAUUCGAACAACUUUAUAGUCUAUCUUCCUUCUCUUCAUCUUUGCUUUAGUAUUUGAGAUAAAAGACCUUUCCGAUCCGAACAAAGGAAUGUAAUUGGAACGAGACUUGCGCUUUCAAUUUCUUACUUCAGUUGAUAGAUGUAUUUCGUGAAUUGAGGUUAAUAAAUACAGAUGAGCCUCGUGACUGAUUCUCCGGUACGUUCAUCGAGUAGCGACGACUUCGUGACGUUCCUCGAUGCAUCACUCGAUUCGGAUUCUUCCGAAGAAGCUGAAGAUUCCAGUCACCUUGAAACCCAAAGGAUAAAACGGAGCAAAGUGGAGAUUAUGGAAAACGUAGAGGAAGGUUCGGAGUCAACUUCACUUACGCCAUCCCUAGAACAGACCGAAGAAGCAUCCAUAAAGAAGGAUGCUUGUACACAUCCUGGUUCUUUCGGAGAGAUGUGUAUACUGUGUGGGCAAAGGCUGGAUGACAAAUUUGGUGUGACAUUUGGGUACAUUCACAAGGGACUUAGACUUCAGAAUGAUGAAGUUGUCAGAUUGCAAAAUACAGACAUGAAGAAUUUAUUACGCCAUAAGAAGCUUUGCUUGGUUCUUGAUCUGGACCAUACACUGCUAAACUCUACACUGCUUAUACACAUGACAUUAGAAGAGGAAUAUUUAAAGAGCCAAACAAAUUCACUGCAGGAUAUCUCAAAAGGCAGCCUCUUCAUGUUGGACUAUAUGCAUAUAAUGACCAAGUUAAGGCCUUUUGUUCGCACAUUUUUAAAAGAAGCAAGUGAAAUGUUUGAGAUGUACAUCUACACAAUGGGCGAUCGGCCCUAUGCAUUGGAAAUGGCUAAGCUCCUUGAUCCUCAAAGAGAGUACUUCAGCUCUAGGGUGAUUUCACGCGAUGAUGGCACCCAUAAACAUCAAAAGGGUCUUGAUGUUGUGCUGGGGCAAGAAAGUGCUGCUCUCAUUCUUGAUGAUACAGAAAAUGCGUGGCCAAAGCACAAGGAAAAUUUGAUAUUGAUGGAAAGAUAUCAUUUCUUUGCUUCAAGUUGUCACCAAUUUGGCUUCAGUUGUAAAUCUCUUUCUGAGUUGAAGAAUGAUGAAAGUGAGACAGACGGAGCCCUUGCAGCUGUUCUUAAAGUUCUUAAGCGAGUCCACAAGAUGUUCUUUGAUGAACUUAAGGAGACUCUUGUUGACAGAGAUGUGAGGCAGGUGCUGAAAUUGAUUAAGAAGGAAGUCCUGAAGGGGUGUAAGCUUGUCUUUAGUCGUGUAUUUCCCACUAGAUUCCAGGCUGAUAAUCACCAUCUCUGGAAGCUGGCAGAGGAUUUGGGAGCUACUUGUUCAACGGAGAUUGAUCCGUCUGUGACACAUGUGAUCUCAACAGAUGCUGGAACAGAGAAAUCUCAUUGGGCAGUGAAACAUAUGAAGUUUUUGGUCCAUCCACGGUGGAUAGAAGCUGCUAAUUAUAUGUGGCAAAAGCAGCCUGAAGAGAAAUAUACUGUCAACCAAACCAAGAACCAAUAACUAACCAUUCAAUGUCAAUGCUAACUCUUGGUAGUGAUGUAUUGGUUUGAGGUAAUGACUACUCUCCAGCUAUGUAGACCUUUUAAAAAACUAUGAAUGCCUAACUAUGUUUCAUAGACUGUUGGGAUCUAGGUUUGAUCAUUUCAAAUCACCUACAAGCUUAGAAAAAGGAUAAUGGUCAUAUAAAAUGUGGACGCUGA